AUGUUACCAUUUUUUCCUGUUCCAGGAUUACAAGACCUAGAUAUUCCUUAACCUACACAACAGGAUUUCUAUCCCAAAAGUUAAAUUCAAGAACCUUAGGAAGCCAAGAAACUGUUUAUAAAGAAUCUUCCUCAAGAAUUAACCAAUGAUAAUGUAGAAAAACUUUUGAAAGAAUGUGGUCAAUUAGUAUCAUGGAAGAGAUCAAAAGGUACUCCUUUUGGGUAUGCUGAAUUUGAAAAUAUGGAGAGUGUAUUAAAAUGUUUGCGCCUUCUUAAUGGUAUGAUUCUGAACUAGAAGGAGUUGCUUGUUAAGGGUGGAGAGAAAGCUUAGAUGAUGAUUGAUGGUUGGAUGUACAAGAAAGAGACCGAAUGGGAAGAGAGAAGAGCUAAAUUAGAGGAGAAGGAUAAAUAAAAGGAGGAACAUAGAGCAUUAUUUAAAUUUACAUCUUUUUAAGAGUACAUUACUAGAGAUGAUGAUAAAAUAAAAAAGAAAUUAGAAAAAAUAAUAUCAGAAUUAGAGGGCACUGUCACUAAAACUAAAAAUGAUAAGAAAAGGGAAGAGGAAAAGAAAGAACAUCCAAGGGAGAGAGAAAGAGAUGCCAAGAAGAAUAACACUAGGACGGAAUUAGAAAGAAAAUAUAAAGAGAAAAUGGCAGAAUGGAAAAAGAAGGAAGAUGAAAGAGAGAGAGAAAGAAAAAAGGAAAAAGAGAGAGAGAUAGAUCGAGAGAAAAAUUUCUAAAAAUAUCUUGAAAAAGAAUUAGCUUAUGACAGUGAAUAAGAACGUAAAUAAAUUGGUAAGAUUAAGAUGAACGAAAGAAAGAAAUUCAGGUAAAGGGAAUUUGAAGAAGAUGAAAUCUUUAAAAAGAAAGAAUUAUUAAAGACACAAAAACCUCCUGAACCUGAACCACCUUAAAUGGUAGUUAUUGUUUAAGAGCCACCUGAACCAGAACCCUUAGUAAACUUAAUAGCAAUUGUUAUAGCAAUAAGUAAUAAUUCAAUAUUAUAUUUGAUUUAACACUAGCAAUAGAUGGAAUAAGCAGAAUAAAUGUAAUAAGAGAAAUUAUAAAAGGAAAUUGAUUUGAAGGAGGAGCUUAAAUAAAUAUUUGCGACCAUCCCUACUGAAAAAGAAGAGCUUUUCAACACCUAAAUUAAUUGGUAGUUGUUUGCUUAGUCUAACUUAUUGGAGAAAAAGAUCCGUCCAUGGUUAAGAGAGAGGUGUAUUGAAUAUUUAUCUUAAGAGGAGAGAGUAUUUAUUGAUGCCAUCAUCAAAAGAUUAUUUAAUCGUGAGAAGCCAUAAACAAUUAUAAAUAAAGUUGUAAAGAAGGUCUUGGACGACGAUAGUGAGCAAUUUGUUAUAAGAAUGUGGAAGAUGAUUAUCUUUGAAUUGAGAAAAUUAGAAAGAGGUCUGAUAUCUUGAUGAUUUAUUAAAUAAUUUAAUAGUUUUAUGACAUUCUAA